CACGGAGCGCUGAGAGAGAGAGCGAGGAGCGCGAGCCGCGGAUUUCACAGGCGCGUUCAUAGGCACGCGGAGCAACUAGAAUCUGUCCAGUUUACAUAGACAAAUCAACGAAACAGUGGGAAUAAAACGUAUCAAAAAUAAUAGAAGAGGUGAACUGAAGAGAGAAAGACAGAGUGUGAGUGUGUGUGUGUGUGUGAGAGAGACAGUGGAGGGGGAGGAAUAAACCAAAACGCAACACGUAUCCGGUGGGAUCCCACUCCAGAGAGAGAGAGAGGGAGAGAGAGAGAGAGAGAGAGAGGAGUUGUAGAGAGGGUGCGAGGAAAGCGACAGGGAGACAGAGAGAAGAAGAACAAGAAGACGACGAGGGGCAAGAUUUGACGUAUUGGCCCUUUAACAGCGCGUUUUUUUAAUCCAUAAAGAGGAAUAAUGAGGAACGUUUGGAUAAUUUUGACCCUCUGUCUGACCGCCGUCCUCUCCGGGGACAGGAUAACAGAAGCAGCCAAGACGUCGUCUCAGGCUGAUGACUUGUACCUGGAUGACACGGGCUCAGGAGGUUAUUACCCUGAAGAUGAUGACGACUUUAACUCAGGGUCUGGCUCAGGCGGAGGUGAAGACACGGUGGAGACGGUGACUAUCAGUACGGUUUAUUUCGAGCCCAACGCAGCGCAGCCCACCCAGGACUCCACCAAAGACUUCACUCCCAGGGUGGACACAGCCACGGUCAGAGAAAAGGCAAAGGAGAGCACACCCAGGAAACCAUUCAGAACAGAGGCUCCAGUGCCGGUUACAGAGGACAUGCAGAGGAACCAGAUGACCAGUACGACCAGCGCCCCUGGCUCGCCUCAGGAGGCCGUGGAGGUCCGCACUGAAAACCUCUUCCAGAGGACAGAGGUGUUGGCAGCUGUUAUUGCAGGUGGUGUGAUCGGCUUCCUCUUCGCCAUCUUCCUCAUCCUCCUGCUGGUGUACCGCAUGAGGAAGAAGGACGAGGGCAGCUACGACCUGGGAGAGAGGAAACCCUCCGGCACGGCCUAUCAGAAGGCUCCAACCAAGGAGUUUUACGCAUAAGAUCCCGCCCCCUCCAAUCACCAGAAUGACAAAAUCUGGAUUGACUGUCAAAAGGUGCAGUCUACGAAAAACAGCAAAUCUGUUCACACACCAGAAGAAACAACAACAUCUUUUCAAGUCGAUUAAAGAAAAAAAAAAAAAUAGCAUAAAGGAAAGCUUUUGCAUAGAGUAUUGUAAUUAAGACCUUUUCUUUCUUUCUUUUUAAAAAAAAUGAAAACCCAAGCAUUUCUUAUUUCAUGGCAAAUCUCAUUGUAUUUAAACAUGUUGUGUAUUAUUUGAAAAGGCAGAAAAAAAAGGAGGAAAGCGAUCGCAUCUGUCUUCUGUUACAAGAGCUGUUUUUAGUGGCUGACUACUUUUAACUGUAGCAGUUUGUUCUUUGUAAAGAAACAUACGUUCAUGUUCUUUUUUCUUUUCAUUUUGUCCUAGCAUGUCUGAUGUUGAUCUCUAAAGGUGUAUUUCAUUAAUUUAUCUUUUCUCUGAUGUUUAAAAAAAAAAAAGAAAAAAAUGCCUUUGUAGUUUUGAUGAAGCUCUUUGGUCUUCAUAUUAACGCUGUUAACAGUCAAAUGUAAAUGUUCCCUUCAGGUUACAAUGUUUAUUAUUUGCUCUCAGUUUUUUGUUGUUGUCGUUUUUUUUGUUUUUGUUGUUUUCAGUCAUACCCGAGCGUGUCAUUACGUCUUGUUGAUUUGUCCGUCUCUUUUCAGUGUAGCCUUCUCUGCGUUUUCUGACAGCGUUUCAUUUUCACAGCAGGAAUCAGUCUUUAAAAGAUGGAAGGAAAAAGAACAUGUCACAAACCUCACAUCUGUCACUUGAUUUGUUUUUUUUCUCUAUUUAAAUGCAUUCUCUAUCACAUUGCACAUUAACUGCUCUUGCUUACCACUGCUAUUGUGCAGCCUUGCCUGUGUGUCGUGUGUUGGGGUGAUUUCUUUUUUCCCUCCAUGGCCUGUGGCGUUUUUGGGCCACAGACUUUUCCAACUUUUCCCUUGAGUUUAUUGACUGCACACAAACGUCUGCUAAACUGGACACACCUCCUCCACCAUCACUUCUCUAUUUCUCUCUCUCUCAGCUGUAUGGAGCCUUGUGCUAUUGUACAACCCCCAGAGUGCAUGAUUUAGGGCCAAAGAUCUGCUCAGUGAGGGCCUGCCACCAUUGCAGCAGGCAGGCAGAGCCGACAGUUGCCUGGGGGCAAAGCAAGAGCAAUUUCAGGACUGGUAUUUACAUCCGUCCUCAGUGAUUUAGAAGCAUGUGGUCAGCCGUAAGUAAGUAAUGCUUCCUGGGUGAGUCUUCUGUGACCAUAUGAAAUCCUUUCUGGGCUUUCCAUCCUUUUUUUUUUAUCAAAUACACACUGAUAGCCCAUAGGCAAGCGGAAAGAGAACUAGGACCGUAGGGUUUCCGGUUUGAAUCCCCAUCAGGUCAAGGGCACAUCUAGUGUGCCGAUCCCAAGCCCAGAUAAAUGAGUCGUGUCUGGUGUAAAAAUUGCUGCCAAAUCAAAUAUGUGGCUCAUCUUCUGUGUCAAACCCUAGAGAGAGAGAGAGAGGGAGGGAGAGCAGCUGAGACACAAAGACUCAAUGAAUCAGAGCUCUAUCCUUACCACUGCUGAAACAUGAAUUUAGUUUUAACCAUUAGUGAAAUGAAAUUACAUGAUGAUCAGUGUUGAUGUGCGAGAGGGUGCUGCAAAUACAUGUUGUGUGUUUAUAAGUGCUGAUAAAGCUUAGGUGGUCCCUCUUAAUUUGUUCUGAGGAUGGACAGCGUUCAUGCUGCUCAAAACCACCCCAGUAUGUGGUUUUUGUGAUUGGAUAUGAGGACACAAUCAGGAUCUGCACAUGAUCGGAUCAAGACUUUGGUUUGACGUUGGAUCCCACAGGUUUCUUUUGCCCAGGGCCCCUAAAGCCCCUUGAAACACCCCUGCCUGCCACUGCUUGGACACAUAAUGGUUCCUCUGCAGCAAACAUCAGAACCCCCCACGCCAUCUCGCCAAAUGUAGUUCCUCAGAGGGAGAUAAAUGUAUAAGGUUGCAUAAAAGACUCCCUCUGAGGGCAUAUUGUGGGUUUUAAUAGUCAGUGCAGGCAUUUCAGUAUAUCCAUUGCGAAAACAUGAGGUUGUUUACCAGGUUAUAGCACAAGUAAGGACACAAGGUGUUGUUUCGAUGCCAUUGUUGCAUCCCCAAAACCCCAAACUUUAUAACUAAGGCCACAACAUUUCUAGAAGCACAUACAGUAUCUGUACCAUUUCAAAAAAAAAAGAAUACAGCUCACGGUCUUCUGCUGUUUUUUAAAUGUCUAACUUGCUCUGAAGAGAUGUGACAUAUUGUCCGGCAGGUUUGUGAAGUUGCCUUUUCUCAGCUGUACAGCAGUGUGAAGUAGUUACAGUGGACAUGCGGUCACAUUGUCUCAAACUCCCAACACCACCCACAUGCAGCUGUGCAUCCCGCUACCUCUCCAUCCCUCCUCUUCUUCUUCUCUCAGUUCUUCUGACCCAGCCCACCAUCUGUUCCCUUCUCUUGUCAUAGGACCUAAGGUACUGAACUAUUCUGAAGAACCCAAAGACUCACAGUAUUUCUACUUCCCCCAUCCUCUCCUGUCCAGUCCCCUUCCUUCAUGGCCACAUCAUUCUGUUCCCUCAUCUUCUUUUUUGUCCUGUCUCGAUUAGAGAUCUGACCUUUGAGUCCAAUUGCUUAUUAGUAUAUGAAAAAGAUAUAUAAAUAUAUAUAAAUGUAUAUUCACAAAUGUUUUAAACCUUUAAAGUGCCUACCAUUUGGAAAUGUACUUGCUCAAGGUGAGCAUGUGGCGGGGGUGUAAACGACUUGACUGGCAUUCUGUGAGCAUGGAUGACUGUAAUGGUAACUUUUUUUUAGUCUUACAAAAGCUGACAGUAUUGUACCUAUAAGUUGAAACAACACUACUGAAUAAACAUUGUGGCCUAA